ACUCUAAGCGACUUGAAACAUAUUUCAAACGCGAAUAGCAACUGGCUUUAUUGCUCUACCACGAAAUGACAGAAAAAAUGUCAAAUGUAAAGUUCAAUCCAUGGUCGAACGAAGAUCCAUUCACAACGAGUCUCAGGAAUGUGAUUUCACUGGCGGAAAGAAUGGGAUACACAAAACAUGGAGAAGAAGCGGAUAGAAUUAGAAGCUGUGUAGCUGAGUUGCCAUCUAUUAAACACAUCAAGCUACAAAGAGAAAUCACGAAACAGAAGAAAGAGCUGGAGAAGAUCAAUCUAGAGAUUUUUAAAAGAAUGCAAGACUUUGAGACAAGGGACAUGACCCACCUGGAUAUCAUAGAGAAGAGAACAGAAAAACUGAAGGAACUAAAUGACCAUUUGCAGUCAGUGAUCACUCACAGAGACUUCUUCUUAACUAAGCUACAACAGCCUUUCACAGGGGACUUUAUCAGACUGGAAUCAGCUUUCCACAAACAUGCUAGUGAGCUGUUUGUCCAGCUUGCUCCUGUGCUGUCUAGCUUGUCCUCCCAUGUUGAUGACCUAAUAUGGCUGAGGCAGCAUGAUUUUGCAGAUGGUGUUGUGGACAACCAUCUACUGGAAUUGUCUAGUGCAUUAGCUAGCCUGCAGACCAGGUUCCAGACAGCCAUUCAGCUGUCUCACCAUGUCAGCCUCUUGCACUCCGGUGAUACGUCUCACGUAUCCUCACAAAAUGGCUAGCUAGUAAGUGUACCAUGUCCAGUUAUCCCCAGGAGACUGCGUUCACUGAAAACUGUCACACGUAUUCUCAAAGGACUGAGAAUGAAGAAGAGAUGCAUGAUCAUUGUAUCACAGACAUGGAGCACAAACUAUUUUGUGGCUAAUCCUUAUUUAAUGCAUUGCUGUUGCAAAAUGAGAUACUUUUAAAAAUUUGUAAGUAUUCUUGAUAUUAUGAUAUUAUAAUCUGGAUGUUGAAUGAGUAAUAUUUUGAUUCAUGCAUGUUUGAAUAUUUUUGUGUUAUUUAUAUAUUAUUUACUGAACAGCCACUAGGCUUUUGGAGCUUUACAUUAAAAAUACAAGGGCUGUUUGCUGUGGCAUGAUCUAAAUAGUCGAUUUAAACUGCAGAGACUGAAAGGACCUUGUCAACAAGAAAAUAGAGAUCAUGAAUUUGGUCUUCAGAUCUUGUCCCUAUCUCACGAAUUUUCCGUUGAAGUGGCAUCUGCUUUGCAGGGCUGAUGUUUCCACUGUCAUAUAGCCUCGAUUGCUUUGGGCCUUUUAAACACACCAGAACAUGGGUGUUAGACAGCACAUAACCUAUACAGGAAGAGAAUUCCGCCAAUUGCAUGUUGUUUCUAUUUUGAUGUGAGUUCAGUUUAAAGAGAUAAAAGAAAAAUCCCCCAAUAUUUUAAAGGUGGAUAUUUUCUGCAUAGUACUGUGUGUUUUUAAGAUAACGCGUCAGAGGUGCAUAGAUCAUUAAAUACCUUUCUUGCUUUAAAAGACAAUUGUUACCAAGUUUUAACAGUGCCACGCACUAUAGUUUUUUUUCACUGUUUCUUGAGUGGCGUUGAGUUUUUAUCAAUUGUACAAAUGUCACAAUCUAAAGUAAUCUAAGGUCCUGCAAAAUGUUAUUAUCCCCGCUUUAAAAGUGAGGAACGAAUGGGAAACAUGAGCAAUAAAAAUAUCAGGUUCCGUUU